GUCUGUUGCAACUGUUAGUUGUUUUUAUGAUUCUGAUUUUCCUUCCAAAAUAAUGCAAAUCGAGAUCGGACUAUGUCGAACUAUUAUUUGGUUCACGUGUGAAUUUUAAACUGGCUUGAUUCACUCGGAAACCUAAAGGAUUACACCGCUACUUAAAAUGAUAAACCCUAGAGCAAUAAGCCAAUAACUAUCCUAACUUUUUCCUAGUAUAGGGACUUGUUUGUGCAUAGCGAUGAAUAUUUUGGGAUCAAAAUGGAAUGUUGGUUUUUAAAGGACUGAUAUGUAAUCAUACAAAUUACUCUGGAACGGAUUAAGAAAAGAAUUGAGAGUUCCAUUUUUCGUUCCUCCCUUGCCCUUCUCUCUUUUUUUCUGGACGCUGUAGAAGAACUAUCGAUUUCAUUGGCGUUUGCGGGAAGUUGAAAUCAUACGGGGUGAAAGAAGAUGAUCUACAGAAGGUGGAGCCUGCUGACUGGUCCGACGUCGAUAAUUGGCGGUAUCGUCGGCGCCACGAUCGUCGCCAACUACCUGUUCAUUGAGAAUGUAAAUCCUUCCUCCUUUUCGCUCUGUUCCUUUCGAUUUCCGAACCCUAGAUUUAGCUUUGAAAGCUUCCCUCCGGUUAUCGUCAAUUCGAACUGAUCAGAGGCGAUAAGUUAGCAUGUUCGAUGCCUAACUCGGAGAUUGUUCUCUUAAUUCUCGAAUCGUGGGAAUUCUUUUUGUCAGGAAUGCUGAUUCGUUUGAUAAACCUGGAUAGGAGAUAUGAUUCGUUGAUUAGGAACUGUAUUGUUUUGGCCAUGUAUGUGUUAAACGUUUGUGAUUCUGCCUAAAGGAAAUAACUUGAGUCUGCCCCUUGAUUGUGUUUUGAGGGUUAAUGAUUGUGCCAGUUCUACUCUAAUACCUUGGGCUGGUACUGCAACUUGCAGGACUGGCUUGUUAGACGAGACCAGAAGAAACAGCCUGAUUCAUCAUCAUCAGCAACGAAAUAACAAGGUGGGAGAGUGACGAUGUUGUUGCGAAGUCGUCUCCUGUGGUUUGUGCUGGUUCAUUUUGCUUUCCUGGACUUGUUGCGAGUCUGCAAUUCUAGUUUGGGAUUGAACCCUUUUGUUGUUUUACUGGAACGACAUGGAUGCUCUGUCGGAUGAAUUGAGUAGUUUCGGUCCUUGCUAAUAAUUCAAUUGCUGAUUUGAGGGUGUCUUUCAUAACUUUAUGUUUUCCUGAUGGCCUCAUCAGAACGUGUUAAAAGCUUUCAAUCAAGUUGAAUCCUGCUGUAACAGUUUUCUUCUCCCUUUGGUGAAUGAUGGUUGUGUUAUGAUAAAGGGAAGCAAACUGCAAGUUUGAUAUUUGCCCUCAGUGGUAUUAGAGUAAAUGGAAAGGAAAGCAGCAUAUCAGCAGGAAUGAACUCAGUAAGGGAAAGCAGAAUCACAAUUUUGUGAACAGAACAGAAGAGAAAGACAAAUGAACAGUACGCAGGCGAGCAUACUCGCUUGCCUGACGAUGAUCAGGUUUGAUAUGGUUGUGGAAGGGUUGUUUUUCCUGUCUCCUAGUUCCGGCCCCUGAUAGACGUCAUUCCCGACUUUAUAUCAAUGACUUGAAAGUUGAAUCAUUUGGGUUGAAAUCAUUGUAGCUUUGCUUGAAUUAGUUCUUGCAGCUUGGUACUGACAUCAAUCUUAAAAACACGUAGGCAGCUGAAUGGACAUCAUCAUACAGGUACUGUUCCAUUUUGAUUCAAAACCUGGAUGGCUAUUGCAGAAGUUGUCAAUUGAGCCAAAUAUCAGGGCUAAGGUACAGUUCAUCCAAAACUCGAUGGUAACCAAGAGAUGCAUUGGUUUCCCUAGUCCCUAAUCUGGGAAGAAGUUAUGGUAAUAAGAGAUAUAUUGGUCCCUAAUCUGGGAAGAAAAUGUUGUAACCAAGUGGAUUACAGUAUAACACUAUAAUAAGCAGUUCUGAUGCAAAAUGAAUAUAUCUUUUAGGUGACAAUACGUCUAUUAUGUUAGAAGAGAAAAGAAAAGUCCAUCUAGAUUGCAAACAGAUUAAUAAAUUAUUACAAUCCAAUCAUUUUAGUCAUUCUCUUUACAAAUGAAAAGGGAAUCCACCCAUGACCCUUUUAUUAUCGUCACCUAUUUCUGAAAAGAUUUUGCUCCAUAAGCAGUAAGCUUGUAUUAUUAUUAUGCAGCAGCAACGUUGGUUCAGGUCCAUUCAUUUCUAAACUGCAUUAACUCUGCAAAGCUGCUGCUACUCCACGCAGUCCCCUGCAAUGGUAGGAAACUAGGAAUGAAUAGAAAUAUUAUUAUGAACCUUCAAACAGAUAAAUACAAAGGAGGUUUCCUACUCUGUUACAUAUAAAAAGAGAUCCCAACUUGAAUCUACCAAAACAAAACAAGAGACUUCUCAGAAAAGGAAAACAUCAGGAAACAAGCGAAUACACUAGACAGGCAAAAUUUUGCAGUUCAAGAGCAGCAACAACAAAGAGAAAAGAUGAUGGGAUUCAGGGCAGCCAUGACACUAUCAGCAAUCCUGGCUGCAGUGCUAGUGAUGGGUUGUGAAGCUGGUGGUGGAAUAUCAAUCUACUGGGGACAGAAUGGGAAUGAAGGCACAUUGGCGGAGACUUGCGCCACAGGAAACUAUCACUAUGUCAACAUAGCAUUUCUGUCAUCAUUUGGCAACGGACAGCCACCGGUGAUCAACCUUGCUGGCCACUGUGAUCCAACCAACAGCGGCUGUGCCGGUCUAACUUCUGACAUCAAGUCAUGCCAAGCUAAAGGGGUAAAGGUCUUGCUGUCAAUCGGCGGAGGAGCUGGAGAUUACUACCUUGCAUCCAAACAAGAUGCUCAGCAGGUUGCAACUUAUCUGUGGGACAACUUCUUUGGUGGUUCUUCAUCUGCCAGGCCACUUGGUCCGGCUGUGCUCGAUGGGGUCGACUUCGACAUCGAAGGAGGAACAAACCAGCACUGGGAUGAUCUGGCUAGGUUCCUGAAAUCGCACGACGAAAACAUCAUACUGACAGCAGCUCCACAGUGCCCGUUCCCUGAUGCUUGGAUAGGCAGUGCACUUCAGAGUGGCCUGUUUGACUAUGUUUGGGUUCAAUUCUACAACAACCCUCCUUGCCAGUACUCUUCUGGGAGUGUCACGAACCUUGAAGAUGCUUGGAAGCAAUGGACCUCCGCCAUUCCUGCUAAGAAGAUCUUCCUGGGGCUGCCUGCUGCUCCUGAUGCUGCUGGGAGCGGAUUCAUCCCCGUGAAGGACCUCGAAUCGCGGGUGCUACCUGCAAUCAAGGACAGUUCCAAGUACGGUGGUGUGAUGCUGUGGUCGAAGUUCUAUGAUGAUCAAACUGGAUACAGCAAAUCCAUCAAGAACUCUGUCUAAGUUACGUGCUGAGCGGAUCCCAUCCGGUCAUCCACACAUGUUCACUAGCCUUGUGUGAAUAGUUUGUGAGAAUGCAGUUUGCUUGAAUGUAUUUAUCGAGUGUUUCCAUACUUUUAUGUAAAAAAAAGGCAAAAUACACUUGUAUAGCCAUAACUUUCACGUUUGUGACAAAUAUAGCCAUAAUUAUUCGAAAACCAAAAAUAGCCAAUUCCGUCCAUCUCUUUAACGGUGUUACUUAACACUCUGACUAGACUGACGGAAAUGCUUACCUGGCGAUACUUUGUCGGACACGUGGAUUAUAAAAAAAGGACAUAAAUUCAAUUUUUCCGA